CAUUCUGAUUGUAAACUGUUGUUGCCAUUGGCCACACCACCACCACCAAAAACAGAAGAAGAUGGCUUCUCUUGCAUCCUCCCUUGGCGUGUCCGAGAUGCUCGGUAACAAACUGAGCCUCUCCGGUGCAUCCCGGGCCGCCCCAUCAGCAUCGAGCCCCGCAACCUCCAAGACCGUGGCCCUUUUCUCGAAGAAGAAGGCAGCACCCAAGGCCAAAGCCGUUGCUGUGGCCCCCGCGGACGAGGAGCUCGCCAAGUGGUAUGGACCCGACAGGAGAGUUUUCUUGCCUGAUGGCCUGUUGGACAGAUCUGAAAUCCCAGAGUACCUAAAUGGAGAAGUUCCUGGAGACUAUGGAUAUGAUCCCUUUGGCCUCGGAAAGAAACCCGAAGACUUUGCCAAAUACCAAGCUUAUGAGCUGAUCCACGCCCGAUGGGCCAUGCUUGGCGCUGCCGGUUUCAUCAUUCCCGAGGCAUUCAACAAAUUUGGUGCCAACUGUGGCCCCGAGGCUGUUUGGUUCAAGACGGGCGCUCUGCUUCUUGACGGCAACACACUGAACUAUUUCGGCAAAAACAUCCCCAUUAACCUUGUUGUAGCCGUGAUUGCUGAGGUCGUACUUCUCGGUGGUGCAGAGUACUACAGAAUCAUAAAUGGUUUGGAGCUGGAGGACAAGCUUCACCCAGGUGGUCCUUUCGACCCAUUGGGCCUGGCUAAGGAUCCGGACCAGGCUGCAAUUUUGAAGGUGAAGGAGAUCAAGAAUGGCCGGCUAGCCAUGUUCUCGAUGCUUGGCUUCUUCAUCCAAGCCUAUGUGACCGGACAAGGUCCUGUUGAGAACCUUGCAGCGCACUUGAGCGAUCCCUUUGGCAACAACUUGCUCACUGUGAUUGCCGGAACAGCUGAAAGAGUUCCAACUCUCUAAUUUCUCAUUUUUCCCAUCUCCCAACCUUGUACGUACAUUUCGUUAAUCGUCACAUCCGUCUUUCAUCC